AUGAAUAUUUUCUUAUUUGUUUUUUAUGCUCAUAUUCCAUUUGUCAAAUCAAAUGAUACUCUCAUCAAUGUUUAAGCUAUCUGGAGACAUGGAGUUAGGGAUUUCUACUAUUGCAAUUGGGGAUGCAAUUCAAAAAAUAAACCUAAUGGUGAUGCAUAAAUUCUUACCCCUGCAGGAAUGAGAUAACAAUAUGUUCUUGGUAAAUGGAUCAGGUAAAGAUACAUAAUUGAUAAUCAACUUUUGUCUUCCUUUUUUAAUGAAAAUGAAAUUUAUAUAGAGAGCACCGACUAUAAUAGGUAUAAAAUUUAUCAAUUUGAGAACUAUUAUGAGUGCUUAUUGUAAUUUAUAAGGAAUGUAUCCAUAAGGCUUCGAAAUUCCAAAUGUAACAGAAGAUAAAUUAUUGCCUCCUAAUCCUGGGAGCAAAUCUCCUAACAUAGGGAAUUAUGCUCUACCAUAUAAAAUUUCACUCAUUCCAAUUCAUACAAAAUAAGAGGAAUAAGAUUAUGCUUUAGCAAUUUAUUGUAAAAUAACAGAUUCUAUUGUUGAAUCUAAUAGAAAAACCGAGUUAUAUAAUAAAAUCAAUUCAGCAACCUAAACUUAAGAGUUAUUCAAAAGAUUUAAUUCAGAGUUAGGUCUUAUCGAAGAAAAAUAAGUUAAUGAUAUUAUUGAAUUGGCUGAAUGGAGAGACACUUUUACAUGCAAUAGAUAUAAUGGCGAUAAUUUACCUUAAAAAUUAAGUGCAAAGACUUUAUUUUAUAUGGAUUAGAUUGCAUUAUUAUCUUUUAGUUUAAGAUAAUUUUAAAAUUGGGAAUAAUCUAAAUUAUAUUCAACUCCAUAUUUAAAAUAAGUUAUUGAAAAUUUUGAUAAUUUUAUCAAUGGAAAUUCUCGAGUUAAAUACAGAGGUUCAUCUUCUCAUGAUUCUACUAUGUUAGGUAUUAUUUCUGGUUUAAAUUUAACCAGUGCUUAAUGCUAAGCUGAUAUUUAUUUAAAUAAAUCAUAAUCAGACAUAUUUUGUUUAACAGAGGUAUUUUAAAUAUCAUUUUAGAAUAUAGAGUUUUCCUCUAAUCUCAUAUUCGAGCUAUACAAUAACACAGAAAAUGGAUUAUAUGUGAGAAUACUAUAUAAUGGAAAAUAUGUACCUAUAUGUUCUUAGAAAGGAACGUAUUGUCAAUAUGAUAGAUUUAAAUCACUUGUCUCUUAAUAAUUUAUUGAUUAUGAAAAAGAAUGUAAUUUAAUUUAAGAAGUUUAAAGAGAAGUAAUUAUUAAUUAUAAAUAAUAGGUUGUUUACAAUAUUCCUAUUUGGUCAAUUUUAUUUUUUCUAUUAGUUUUAUUAUGUACUUGUGGAGUUUUUAUUUUAAUCUUUAUGAUAAAAUAAAUGAAAGAUCCAGCAAGUUCUGAUUCUGAUAUUUCUAAAUGA